AUGAAAAAGGACUCCCGGUCCUCCGUGGUAGGAGUUACCUGCGAACUGCAUGGCACUGAAGAUCAGGAUAACAACCAGAAAAGACACAUGAGCUUGCCUGCUAUCUUUAACAGACGGCGUCUGACAGAGAUCCUCUGUGAAAGUCAAGAAGACAGUCCGUGUGGACAGACCUUCAGCCGGAUUGCAAAUCUUUCUGUGCUCAAAAGGACUCCUGUGGGUGCUUGUCCCUCCGAAUGCCUUGAGGGUGGAAAAUCCUUGGUGGAUCGUUCAUCACGUGAGCAUCACAUCAUCUCUCACUCUGGAUGCAGUGCCUGUCAGCGUAGGGACUGUGGAGAAGCCUGCAGUUGUCCCUCUCACCUCAGCCCUCCUGUGAGGACUCGCACUGGAGAGAAACCCUAUGAAUGUAAGGAAUGUGGGAAAGCCUUUCGUCAGUCCUCAAAUCUCAAUACACACAGGAGAAUUCACAGUGGAGAGAGACCUUAUGCAUGUAAGGAAUGUGGGAGAGCCUUUCGUCAUUCCUCAGUCCUCACUAGACAUGUGAGAACUCACAGUGGAGAGAGGCCGUAUGUGUGUGGGGAAUGUGGCAAAGCCUUCCGUCUGUCCUCAAGCCUCAGUACACAUAUAAUAACUCACAGUGGAGAGAGACCUUACGCAUGUAAGGAAUGUGGGAAGACUUUUCGUCAGUCCUCAAGUCUUGGUACACAUGUAAGAAUUCACAGUGGAGAGAGGCCUUAUGAAUGUAAGGAAUGUGGGAGAGCCUUUCGUCAUUCCUCAGUUCUUACUAGACAUGUGAGAACUCACAGUGGAGAGAGGCCUUAUGUGUGUAAGGAGUGCAACAAAGCCUUCCGCCUCUCCUCAAGCCUCAGUACACAUACGGUAACUCACAGUGGACAGAGGCCUUAUAAAUGUAUGGAAUGUGGCAAAGCUUUUAUUCGGUCAUCACACCUCACUAGACAUACAAGAACUCAUAGUGGUGAGAGGCCUUAUGAGUGUAAGAAAUGUGGCAAAGCCUUUUGUGAUUCCAAAGACCUAAGUACACAUACGAGAAUUCACAGUGGAGAGAGGCCUUAUGAAUGUAAGGAAUGUGGCAAAGCUUUUAAUCGGUCAUCACACCUCAGUAGACAUUUAAGAAGUCAUAGUGGAGAGAGGCCUAAUGAAUGUAAGGGAUGUGUCAAAGCCUUUCGUGAUUCCAAAGACCUCUGUGCACAUACAGGAAUUCACAGUGUAGGGAGGUCUUGUAAGUGUGAGGAGUCAUUCCUCAAACCUCACUGUACGUGA